GCACAAAACCCCCACCCGCGCCCGCGCCCAAACGCCAAUGUAUGAGAAGUUUCUGCUGCUAAACAGUACGUAACGCAACGAGAAAACAAAACAAUAGUAGCGCUGCCUCUCCAUCACCCAUCACUAUCGGCCAGCAGAGGAACAAAGAAAGGGGGCAUACCGUCGUGCAUUCGCCUGCACUGUCAUCAGGACGAUUUUGACAAGACGAAGGUUCUUAUCAAUUGAGGUUCCUUGAAUUGUGCAAUAUGUCUGCUGAAAAGAGUAGCAGAGGCUGUGAGGAUCCUCCACCGUACUCUCCAAAGCCACCUCUGCCCCAAGCUGGUGACCUCCCUCCAGGAUACCAACCAUAUCCAGGACCCACUCCACCUCCACAGUGGCAGAACUAUGGAGCUACUGCAGUCAAUGUGCAGCCAGCAGUUAUCAUUCAGACUGUUGGAGCGUGCCCAGCUUGCAGGGUUGGAAUAUUAGAAGAUGACUACACAUGCUUGGGGAUCUUUUGUGCCAUAUUUUUCUUUCCUCUUGGAAUCAUUGCCUGCCUUCUACUCAAGAAUCGUCGCUGUUCCAACUGUGGUGCUUACUUCGGCUAGAUCUCCUAUGUUUGGUGAUUCCCCGUACUUCUGGUUAUGAUAGUAUUUUUAUCCCAUGUGAUCAUUCUUGCAUUUAAGGCAUGUUAAAAAAGCAAAUCACUUUUCUUACCCAUUAUAAUUGCUUUGAUCUGUUUUGUGAUAUUAAGUGCCAGUAAUUUUCCCCCCCAAAUCAAAGGUUUGAAUAUUGUACUUUUAUUAUUGAUUGUUAUGUAAACGUUACAAACAUUUGAAAGUUAUAAUAUGUAUUCUUGUUUCAUAGUUUAUGAGGUGUGUAUGUUCUGUGAUUGCCCCUUUUAGGUAACUCCACACCAAUGGUUAUAUCUCCAUUUGUGGAAAAGAUUAUCUUUAUCCCUGUGAACUGUCCUUAGUAAUAUUAGUCUUAGAUGGAAAGUGCCUUUUAAUUGCUGUCAAUAAUUAUUGUUAUUCUCACUGUGGUUUGUAUGUCUCUGACCACGUUUUGCUCUCUGACACCAACCUCUUUUAAAAUGGAAGGAAAAAAGGGACCUUUAAUGUUUUGUUAUGUUAUGCACCAUAUUUCUCAUUGUCAAUAAAGUUAAUUGACUAGUA